AUGUUUGUAGUUUGCUUGCUGAACAGGUUUAUGGAGACCCCAACUCGACAGCACAUGCUAGCAGGGAAGAGAGUGUUGAGGUAUUUGAAAGGAACUCUGAAGCAUGGCAUUAUGUAUCAUAGGAACAAUGGGGAGGACUGUUUGUAUGGCUAUACAGACAGUGAUUAUGCUGGGGACAUUGAUAGCAGGAAAAGCACAAGUGGGUACCUAUUUUUCAUGGCUGGAGGGGCUGUCUCUUGGGCAUCUAAGAAGCUGCCAGUGGUAACUCUGUCAACCACUGAGGCAGAAUUCGUUGUUGCUGCCUAUUGUGCAGCAUAA